AUGCAUUAUUUUAAAGAUCAUCCUACAGACUAAGAAUUAAUCAUUAAUAAUCUUAGAUUAUUGAAUUAUGAUAUCAAAGAAGCAAAUUCAACAUUUAGAUUAAAUAUAGAAUAAUUAUCAAUUGAAAAUAUGAAGGCACAUCCUAAAUUAACUAUUAGUGUUAUUCACUUCAUUGUAUCUAAGUUAUUUGAUGAUGACUCAUUUAUCAAUUCAUUCAAAACUUUGUAAUUUAUCAAAUGAAUUAUUAAAAAGGUAUCCUCCUAGAACUUAAAUUGAGUAAUCAGUUUAUAAAUAAGAAAUAGCUAAAUUUUUAAAGAAUUCUAAUAAAAUACCGAAGAACUUUAUGAUAACUAAAGUAAUGAUGGAUUAAAGAAUAUUUAUAUUUCUUAGAUAUAUCAGUGAAUUUGCUUUAAGAUCAUAAUUUUUAAGUUAAUUUCCAACUAAACAAUUAAAAACAUUUUAUUUAGACCCUAAAAGAUUGUUGAUAGAAGAUAGACCUUGUAUUAACGAUUGUAAUGAUAUGUUUAUAAUAUCAAAUUAUCAAUUUGAAAACUUAUAGAAUCUAAACAUACCAACAUAAAUAAUUAAAAUAAUGACUGGUCUAAUUGGACAUUAAAUUUUAAUUUAAGUAAAGAAAUUAAAGAAAUUGUUAAAAGAAAAUUGUCUAUUUAUUGAUUCUAUAUUACCUACAAUAGAUUAAGUAUCAUAAUAAUUGAAAAUUGAAAGAGACUUUUCUUUAAAAUUAAUUUAAUAACUUUGUAUAUAAUAAAAUAAUUAUUAUAGAAAACUGUAAGAAUCAGAUAUCUCCAUAAUAUUUAAGCAAAGAAAGAAAAUUAGAUCGUAAACCAUAAUUGGAUUAAUCAUAUAAAGUUUUUAAUGGAAUAUAAAAUAUAAUUAAACAAUUUUAAGAAUAAAAAAUGGAUAUCAAUAUGAAUUAGAUUUAAUCUACAAUAAGAUUAGAUAAAUUUUGUGAAGAAGAUAAUUUAAAUAAACUUCAUGAAAUUCACAAUAAUAAAAUAUAAAAUUUAACAAUAUAAGUUGAAAAAAUAGAAAAAUAGACUUGGGUUAAAGAUAGAGGAACUAAAUGUAUAUAAUAAUCAGAAGAAACAUUAAAUAAAAUAAAAGAACUUAGAAAAUUAAUCCAAUCUAAAUAAAUAAAUAAUAAUAAUUGA